AUAGAUUGGACGUUUGAGACAUGACGGCUACUCUCAUUCUGCUGUGUCUGCUGAUUCUUCCAGCAUGUCUACUUCAAUAUGUUGGUGCGGAACAGAGAAUUCAUCUUGAUGUCGAGCGUCGUCGAUGGACACGCACAGUCGAUGACGUUACCACAGCCAGAGAGUCGGCGAGGUUCAGUAGAGACAAUGAAUACAUUCAGUUAUUUUCAUUGAUAAGAAGGCCCAAGAAAGUUCACAUUCACUCCGCAUUUUCAGUUUACGACUAUAAAGACGAACUGGCUGCGGCUCGACUUAGGUUAAACCACACCCAUGUCUGCGUGGUGUUUCCGGUCACGAACUUCACAGCAGCAAUCAACACAAUCUGGAAUAGAAAUAUGGAUGAAAACGUGGAAACACCAGACGAUGACGUCAAGUACAUUAUGAAAACUGAUAGUAAGAUGACAGAUGCUGAACUGGAAUCUUUCAAGUCAAAGUCACCAAUCCUCUAUCAGAUCUGCCAAGGAAGACGGAAGACCCGGAUUGCCAUCAUAGAUGAGACAGAGACAGUGACUGAUGAGGACGUUUCACAGCUCAAGAAUGUGACGUUUUUGUCCAUCUACGGGAAGGUGUCUCUCUACCUCAAGCCGACACUGUCACUUUAAUCCAAAGAAAGAAUAUUGAUUUCCUACAUUACUCAGCAAUCCAACUGAAGCAAAGUGUCUGUCAUUGUAUAACGUUGAGUUAUCAAUAAAUAAUAUUCUUUA